AUGCUGCGCCUCAUCGGCGACGGCAACUGGCCCACGCAGGCGCGGCCGAACGUCACCGACACGGGCAAGCCCGUGCCCGGCAUGUGCGUGGGCCUCGUCUUCGCGCUCGGCCAGGGCGCGCAGGCGAGCCACGUGUCCGAGUGCCACCCACAGAUGACGCGCGUGCUCACGCGCUGGUGCCGGGGCACGCUGCCGCGGACGCGCAAGGGCGCGGAGUUCCCCUUCUCGAGCCUCCAGGUCAACUACAACUACGCGGCGCAGAAGCACGUCGACGGCAACAACAUCGGCCCGUCCUACAUCAUGUCCAUCGGCGACCACAGCGGCGGCGGCCUGUGGACGGCGGACCAGGGGGUCAUCGACUGCAAGGACGCCUGGAAGCUCUUCGACGGCAACAAGGAGCACGCGACGCGGCCCUUCAAGGGCGAGCGCAUCUCCUUCAUCGCCUUCGCCCACGGCCAGUACAACAAGCUCGAGGCGCCCGUCGUCAAGAUGCUCAAGGGCAUGGGCUUCAACGCCGCGCGGUCCGACGGCAAGGAUUUGGAGUUCUUCUCGCGCUUCCGCAUCGAGCGGUCCUACCUCACGGACGAGCACAACGACAAGUUCCGCGAGGAGCUCAAGAAGCGCAACGCGGGCAACGCCGUCGAGGCGGCCCUGGCGGGCGCCGGCGACGUCGCCGUCGAGUGCUACGGCCGCCAGGCGGAGCGCGGAGGCGGCUGGAUGGCGUUCCGCGGCGCGGCCGGCGUCGAGAAGCUGGAGUUGACGCCCAACUCCGUGGGCAUCUGGUGCGCGGAACUCACAAUCGACGGGACCGGCGCGCUGGCCCUCGCGGACCACAAGCGCGUCGACUUCUACAACAAGCGCGACAAGGCCACGGCCGACUUCUCGAAGCGCGUCAAGGCCAUGAAGCCGGGCACGCCCGUGAUCCUCGGCAUCGCGGACACGGCCUGCGCGGCGUCGCGGCCCCUCGGCGGCGCCGUCUAUUCCGCGCUCCAGCUCCUCGGCGCGCCCGAGGACAUGCCCAAGAUCGAGUACCGCGCGGCCUGGGCCAUGGUCGGCUACAAGGGCUGCGCGCCCGGCGGCGCGCUCACGGCCAUGGGCACGCGGUCCACGCUCCUCCGCCUCGACGCGACCUUCGGCGUCGACAAAGCCAAGAAGACGACGAUGGCCGUCAAGAAGAAGGCGGACCUCACGUCCAUCAUCGACGUCGUCAUCGGCCAGGGCCAGGACUCCGCCGUCGCCAACGACGAGCAGCCCAAGAAGAAGGCGAAGAAGGCGUAG